AUGCCAACACAAUCUUCCAUCCCUGAUGUCGAGAUACCCAGGCAGGAUCUCUGGGCUUUCAUGUUCAAUUCCAAGAAGGACUUCGCCGACGAUCAAGUAAUAUACCGCGACGCCAAUGCCCCCGACCAACUCUACUACACCUUUUCUGGAGUCCGCGAUGCUGCGACGUCGUUCGGCGAAGGACUGUGCGAUUUGUGGGACUGGCAGCGAUCUGAUGUCUUGGCCAUCUACGCUCCGAAUGACAUCGACUUCGCGGCCAUAGUCUACGGGACCUUCUACGCCGGAGGCAUCGUGUCGCCCGCCAACCCUGGCUACUCACCGGACGAAUUGGCGUUUCAACUCAAAAAUGCCGGCGCCAAAGCUCUGGUCACGACCAAGGCGUUCUUGAAGCCUGCCCGACUGGCCGCUGAGCAGGCAGGCAUUUCCACUAACCGCAUCAUUCUCCUUGGAUCGGAGCGAGACGAGACCUUCAGCGUGAAGCAUUGGACCAAUAUCCGAAAAGCCUCACGGUCGCAGCGGUACCGGCGGCGGAAGCUCGAUCCUGAGAAUGAUUUGGCCUUUCUGGUUUAUUCUUCCGGCACGACUGGGCUACCCAAGGGAGUGAUGCUCUCGCACCGGAACAUUGUGGCCGAUUUAUGCCUCAUCAAAGGCUGUGUCGGCCACUACUACAACAGCGGCAAGGACAAGAUGCUAGGAGUCUUACCCUUCUUCCACAUAUACGGCUUGACUGGACUCGUGCACCAGCCGCUCUCCCGAGGCAUUGAGCUUGUAGUCAUGCCAGCAUUCGACCUCAAGAAAUUCCUCACGGCCGUCCAAACGCACAAGAUCACUUUUGUCUACGUCGCUCCGCCUGUCAUCGUCCGCUUGGCACGUGACCCAAUGGUAGCCGAAUACGAUCUUUCCUCCCUACGAAUGAUCACAAGCGGUGCUGCGCCUCUUACCCAGGAACUGGUGGACACCGUCUAUCGCAAGCUCAACAUCAAGAUAAAUCAGGCAUAUGGUUUGUCAGAGACUAGCCCGAUGACCCACACGCAGCCGUGGGACGAGUGGUAUACGAGUGUCGGUAGCGUAGGCAAGAUGUUCCCUAAUAUGACCGCAAAAUAUGUGGAUCCCGAUGGUAAUGAGGUCGGGGCGAACGAAGCUGGAGAGCUGUGGCUGGCGGGGCCCAAUAUUUUCGGGGGCUACUGGAAGAACGAACAAGCAACAGCGGAUAGCAUCACCGAACAAGAUGGCCUCCGCUACUUCAAGACUGGCGACGUCGGCUAUCAAGACAAAGACCACAACUUUUACAUAACCGACCGCGUCAAAGAGCUGAUCAAAUACAAAGGCUUCCAGGUGGCGCCUGCGGAACUUGAGGGCAAAUUGAUGGAUCACGCUAUGGUCAACGACGUCGCCGUGAUAGGUGUCUACCACAAGGAGCAAGAAACGGAGGUGCCCAGAGCAUUCGUCGUCCCUGCAAAGCAGGCUGGUGACAGCGAUGCGGAGGAGAUCGUCAAGUGGCUGGAUGCGAAGGUGGCAAACCAUAAGAGACUGCGCGGCGGAGUGAGGUUUAUUGACGAGGUGCCUAAGUCGGCGUCUGGGAAGAUUCUGAGGCGGGUGUUGAAGGACAAGGUCAAGCAGGAGGAAGAUGGCGAGAAGCCUAAGGCGAAGUUGUGA